CGAUAUCGGCUAGUAAGCGUAACCGGAAGCUAACGGUCAAUAACAGAGUUGACCGGAGUUUGUAAUACUGGUUAUUUCAUCUUACAGUCCGUUAAACACUGAUCGGAGGAUAACCCAUGAUUGUAAUACUAGCCCUUAGUGUGUCAAUCCAUUACACUAAUWCAUAUUUUUAAUUAUUUUAUAAGAAUUUAAGUAUUUGAUAAAACUUAAAAGUUAAUAAUGUCUAAGACUGUAAGAAAAGCUGCUGGAUUUGUWGUUUAUAGAAAAAACUGUGAUGAAAUAAUUGAGUACUUACUUAUGCAAGCUUCGUAUGCAAAUCAUCAUUGGACUCCCCCAAAAGGWCACUUAGAAGAAAAYGAAUCCAAUAUGGAUGCAGCUAUUAGAGAAACUGAAGAAGAAGCCGGUAUUAAAGUGAAAUAUCUUAGUAUUGAUCAUAAUUUUGAAAAAGUGUUAAAGUAUGAUCCAAAAGAUAAACCAUUUUCCAAACAAGUCACUUAUUGGUUAGCUCGUUUAAUCAAUCCUGACACACCAGUAUUGUUGUCUGAUGAACAUCAAGAUUACAAAUGGUUGCCUCUUAUGGAAGCUAAAAAAGUGGCUGCGUAUCCUGAGAUGCAAGAAUUAUUUGAUGACUGUGAAAAUUAUUUAACUAAAACUUUUGUCAAAUAGAUUAAUAUAAGUAUUUUUUGUUAUAAAUGAAAUGUAUUGCAUCAAAAUUAAUUAUCAAAUAUCAUCUACUAGUCRUUAUUUAAUUAAUUAUAUUAAUUGAUA